GUUUACAAAUUCAGUCGAAAUCAAACAUUAAUUUUAUCACAUAUUCAUAUCUACUACUCAUUAUUAUUCACAAAUUUUGUGAAACCCACUACUAUUCCUCUUUAUAAUCCUUUUAUCUAAUAAUGAUUAUAAAUAAUUCUUUUCUUGUUUAUCUUUAAUUAGCAUCGUUAUUACGGAAAAUCAAGCCCCUUAGGAUCAAUGGAAGAAGCCAUGAAAAAUGAUACAAUUCGUGGAUAUCUUACCUCAGCUCAAGCUAUGGCUGAUUACGCAGAGAUUUUGAUUUACAUAAAGGAUAAAUUAUCUGCCCACAAUUCUCCCAUUAUUGUCAUUGGAGGAUCGUAUGGAGGAAUGCUUGCUUCAUGGUUUAGACUUAAGUAUCCACACAUUGCUCUUGGUGCUUUGGCAUCAUCAGCACCUAUUCUUUAUUUCGAUGACAUAACUCCACAAAAUGGAUAUUUCUCAAUCGUAACCAAGGAUUUUAAGGAAGUGAGCCAUACUUGUUAUGAAACUAUUCGAGAAUCAUGGUCUCAAAUUGAAAAAGUAGCUUCCAAGCCCAAUGGCCUCUCUAUUCUCAGUCGAAAAUUCAAACUUUGCUCGCAAUUAAAAAGUUCAAAGGAGCUAAAGUUUUAUUUGGAGAGAAUGUAUUCUGGAGCUGCUCAGUAUAACCACCCACCAAAUUAUCCGGUUACACUCGUCUGCAAUGGCAUUGACGGUGCACCCAAUGCAACGGACAUCAUUGGCCGGAUUUUCGCCGGAGUUGUCUCUUAUAGAGGGAAACAAAAAUGCUAUGAUACAAAUGCAACCAGUUAUACCAUUGACACACGUUUGGGAUGGAAAUGGCAAACAUGCAGUGAAAUGGUGAUACCUAUUGGUCGCGGAUCGAAUGAUACUAUGUUUCCUUCGGCGCCUUUCAAUCUAUCAAAAUUUUCUGAAGAUUGCAAGAGCUCGUACGGUGUCUCACCUCGACCACAUUGGGUCACAGCUUAUUAUGGAGGCCAUAAUAUUAAAUUGGUUCUCCAUCGAUUUGCAAGCAACAUAAUUUUCUCCAAUGGUCUAAGAGAUCCAUACAGCAGUGGAGGGGUGCUAGAGGACAUAUCUGAAAGUGUUGUGGCCAUUUACACGACUAAUGGGUCUCAUUGCUUGGACAUACGUGUAGCACAACCAAGUGAUCCACAGUGGUUGGUCAUGCAGCGCAAAAAAGAGAUCCAAAUUAUUAAAGGAUGGAUUACAAAGUAUUAUGCUGAUCUUUUAAGCUUAAAGAAGUAGAAUUACUACGGUUUUCAUUAAAUAAAGAGCUUGCAGAUCUUUUAUAUCCCCAGAAUAUUUCAGAUAUAUAAAGAUUUCAAUUAUUCUAA